CUGCGCUCCCCGCCGCCCGCCCGCGCCUCCGGGGCCGGCCCCGCAGAUCAACUGGCCUUAUUUCCUCCAUGGAAAUCUAGUCACUAUGAUGUCGUAGUUGGUGUGUUGUCAGCUCGCAAUAACCAUGAACUUCGGAAUGUGAUAAGAAGCACCUGGCUGAAGCAUCUAAUACAACAUCCAUCAUUAAGUCAACGUGUGCUUGUCAAGUUCAUAAUAGGUGCCCGUGGCUGCGAGGUGCCCGUGGAGGACAGGGAGGACCCUUACUCCUGCCGACUGCUCAACAUCACGAAUCCAGUUUUGAACCAGGAAAUCGAGGCAUUCAGUCUUUCUGAAGACGCCUCAUCAGGGAUUUCUGAGGACCAAGUUGUCAGCGUGAGCUUCCGAGUUCUCUACCCGAUCGUGAUUACCAGCCUCGGGGUGUUUUAUGAUGCCGGGGAUGUGGGCUUCCAGAGGAACAUCACUGUCAGGCUGUAUCAGGCAGAACAAGAGGAGGCCCUCUUUGUGGCCCGUUUCAGUCCUCCGAGCUGUGGUGUGCAGGUGAACAAGCUGUGGUACAAGCCUGUGGAGCAGUUCAUCUUGCCCGAGAGCUUUGAAGGUACGAUCGUGUGGGAGAGCCAAGACCUCCAGGGCCUCGUGUCAAGAAACCUCCACAAAGUGACCGUAAAUGAUGGCGGGGGCGUCCUCAGAGUCAUGACGGCCGGGGAGGGCGCCUUGCCGCAUGGAUUCAUGGAAGGUGUGGAGGGGGUUGCAGGCGGUUUCAUUUACACUAUUCAGGAAGGUGAUGCUCUCUUACAAAACCUUCAUUCUCGCCCUCGGAGACUUCUUGACCAUAUGAGUAAUCUCCACAAGGAAGAUGCCUUACUGAGGGAGGAAAGUAGUGUCUACAACGAUAUUGUUUUUGUGGAUGUUGUUGACACUUACCGAAACGUUCCUGCAAAAUUACUGAACUUCUACAGAUGGACUGUGGAAACAACCAGCUUUGAUUUGUUGCUAAAAACGGACGACGACUGUUACAUAGACUUGGAAGCUGUGUUUGACAGAAUUGCUCGCAAGCACCUGGACGGGCCUAACUUCUGGUGGGGAAAUUUCAGGCUGAACUGGGCGGUUGACCGAACCGGCAAGUGGCAGGAGCUGGAGUACCCCAGCCCCGCCUACCCGGCCUUUGCCUGCGGCUCGGGGUACGUGAUCUCCAGGGACAUCGUCCACUGGCUGGCCAGCAACUCGGGCAGACUGAAGACCUACCAGGGUGAAGACGUAAGCAUGGGCAUCUGGAUGGCCGCCAUAGGGCCUUCGCGGUACCAGGACGGGCUGUGGCUGUGUGAGAAAGCGUGCGAGCCGGGCAUGCUGUCCUCCCCGCAGUACUCCCCGCAGGAGCUGGCCCGGCUGUGGGGGCUGAAGGAGGCGUGUGGGGACCCCUGUCAGUGCGAAGCGGCUGGGCCCGGAGCGUGACCCAGCUGUGCGAGGGGGCGUCUGAGGAGCGCCUGCAGGCUGGCAACAGAUUCCGUGGGUCUUUCAGGAUGGCUCUAGGUUGGCACUUUUUACCUGUAACCAAUGUGACAUUUCUAAAAGUUUGCACAUUUCCUUUUUAAAAAUCAACUGAUACUGUAGCGUAAGAAAAACUUUAUUUCUGUAUUGGAAGAACACUUGAAAAAUACCAAGUUGUUUUAUAAAACAAAAGUUUCUAAAACCUAAUGUAUCAUUUCUAGUUUAUAAUUCAUUACUAUCACUUUUGGUUAAAAUUUGGCCUAGUUCAGAAAUCUUGGGUAGUGACAGAGAAUGUGGAUUUCAACCUGGAUUACAGAAUAGUUUUAUAAAGCAUAACGAGGAUAAUUAAGGGCCCAAAAGAACUCAUAGAAUGCUAUGUGGUCACUGAUUUCUGGAAAUGUCUGAAGUAGGCAACUUGAACUUGAAAAAGAACCAAAAGAAGUAUCAGUUCGGGACCUUGGUUUUAAAUUAGCCCACUCAAUGAGUGAACUUUAAGUUUUCUUUUGCCAUUUAACAUAAAUCCUGAAGGUCACAGUCUAGUAAUAUUAAAAAAAAAAAAAAAGCUAAAACGUUGUGGAUAUAAAUCAAAUACCUCUCAAGGCUUUAGUGACAGAGGGAAGGAUACUACUGAAUGAACCUUGCUUUCCUCCUGUCAUUGCCUGAUGGUCCCUACGAGACAUGAAUCCCCAGCGGAGGUGGUCGCACUUCUGUAGAAGAAGAGAGGCCAGUGUAGGUACAGCUGCAGGAAAGAGCAUGAAAGUCGUUCUUGCAAGUUCUCUACAAAACAGCACGACAGCGGAGAGAGAUCAUAGCAUGUGUGUCACACACAGAAGAGGUGCCUGAGUUUAAGGGAUAUUUUCCAAAAAGACCUUCCAAAUCACUUUGGUAAUCUUUUAAGCUAGUAGUAAUCAUAGAACUCCAUUAAAACUGGUCUUGUGCCGGACAUUAACCAUAUUCAGAUUUCAUUAGACUAGCUAGGUUCUAUUUAAUAUUUAAAUCUUCACAUAUUGAAAUGCAUAGUCGUGAACUAUAAACAUGAAAUCGGAAAAUCGUUAGCAGUAAUAAAGGCUUUGCACCUACUGUUACACACAUGCCCAGAAAUGGUCUCUUCCCAGUGAAAACCACCGCCUUUUCUCUACUUAGGGCAAGUUGUAAAGCCUCUCUGUUUGACGGAACUGUUCGGUAAGUCUUUCCUUCCCAGGGAGCCCAUCGUGAUGAACAGCAGAGUCUCUGAACUUGAUGAGUUGGCUGUUACCAUCGCACUAACAGGCAAUCUCCAUUUUCCACAGAAUAGAACUGUAAUGACUGCUGGUCAUUUUCUAGCUCAAUCUCUCUGCCAGGCAUCUAAAAACAAAACAAAGCGUUGUCUUAAUACAUCAGAGAAGUCUGUUUUCCAUUCAGAACCCAGCCGAGUCAGAGCCCCAGCUGAGUAACGCAUUUACCGUGGGGCUUAAGCUUGACUCCGUUUCGCUGGGCAACUUACUUUGGGACUUUCGUAGGACAACAGAAGUUCUGACACAGGAACUUUGAGAAGACGUGACAGCAGUCCCUUCACCUUCUGAACUGUCAUGGAGUCUGUCAAAGAAAAGACACACCCGCAGGUCCCUCGAAUGACUGUUCCGUGUAAAACUAGCUCACGUGACAGGCCCCCAGUCGCAGUGACUCCGUGUCCCUUUACCGGCAUAGAUCAUCAGGGAAAGAAAGGCCCACCUGCUUGGGGACAGCGAAAGCCAGGUCCACGCCCCUUACUGGACAUUCGGGAAGCUGUGGGACUCGGAGCCAGUGUUUGACCCAAGUGCCCUUUGCCAGUGGCUCUUCCUUACAGUCUCAGCGGUGUAUUUCUUCCCUACUCUGAGCAGCCACAGAUCCUGUUCUCGGCACAGAGUAGAUGUGAGUAAAAUCACCAACUUCUUAAACCUCUGCGAUUACUCACCUCCGGAUGGCUGAGGGGACUCCGGGGUGGGGCGUCCCGAGGACGCCGUCUGUCCCUUCGCCGCACUUUCCUCCUUGGGGGGCGAGGGAGGGCCGAGGGCCAGGCUCCCUUCGCGCACGCCCAGGCUGUGAGGAUUAGGAGAUGCACACGCGCUUGACAUGCGCGGGGAAAUGACUCUGAACAAAUGCUUUGGUUCAGAAAACGCUAUGAACUUUUCCAAAGAUGGGUGGUGGUAAAUAUUGGGUAUUUUGAUGAUGAGAAGUAGUUUCUCUGAAGCUUUAGCUGGAGGUACAGCAAUAGUAUGGUGUUCCUACAAAUAAUACAUGUAUUCAAACAAAUAUUUUUCUAUCAAAAAUGACUUUUGUAAAAGCUGUCUGUUUUUAUGCCACUUGUGAUAAUAAAUGUUAUCUUUAUUUUAGAAUAAAAACUGGCCCUACUUAUGUGUUGAAUAUAAACACCUGACAUAA